AUGGACUUUCUUAACGCAAACUUCGUCUCAAUGCGAGACUUGGACUCCAUUGACGAUAAACUCAAUGCCUUGAGUGACCAAAAACUCCGCAUAUCCAGAGCUAUCGAUUCGGCCACCGGUGCUGACUCCGCAGAGGUCACCGAUAAAGAGAAUCUAUAUAUUGAAGGAUUGCUAACUUCAAUCCAACAGCUCUCCACAGCAGGUACUGAGAGCAUAGUAGAAAAUCUUAUCGAGAGGAACGGAAACUUGCAAGUUCUUGUUGAUUUGAAGGAAGCUGUGGUAGAGAAGAAUAUAUUGCAAUCGCAGAAUGUACUUUUGAGAGAUGCUGCCCUGUUGGAGAGUGCCAUUUUGUCAUUGUCUGAGACAUCUGAUAUUUCUGAAUUGUUAGAGAUUUCUAAGAAGCUUGGUAAGUUUGACGGAACUGCUGUGGGGCUCACCUUGGCAGAAGAAUUGACCAAGGUGGUCGAAGAUAAAAAAGCAAAGUUGAUACAGAAGUUAACCUCAUUGCUCCAACUGAUCAAGUGGCUCGCUCCGAAAGAAAAUGUAUCGAUUGCUUCAAGUACACUCAAAGAGAUCUCUAGUAUAUUUGACCAAUUAGUAAAUCUCCAGGUGGGCCAACAAGUACCUGAGUACCCGGAAACAUGGUGGGGCUUGGAAGUAUUGCUCCAGCCAUUUGCGAUGAGAUUCAACUACCAUUUCAACCAAUCCAAUGAAACGAACAAGAUUUCCAGACCGGAGUGGGCAUUACAGUUUGUGGAGACAUUUUUAUACGACAACAUGCAAGUUUUGGAACUAGUGAUUGGAGACACCUUCCAAAAGCACGGAAAAAUCGGCGUAAUGGAGGUGUUGACCGCCGCAUUGAUUCCUGUCAGAAGCAAGCUACUAAAAAUGGCACAAAUUAUCAAUCAAAGUAUCGCACGAAGCGGCGAUGAUGCUACUGGCUUGGAACGAAACGGAAGACUCUUGUCUCAUCUCAUUUUUGAGACCACCUCAUUUGAUCAACGUCUCAGAAAUGCUUACAAGUAUAAUCCAUAUAUCACAGACCUAAAGAAGGCACCAAAAAGAAAGUGGAUGGGACUCACUGGGGAUAUUCUAUUGGAAAAUGACGAGGAAAACACCGCAGUCACUAACUGGCUCAACUUAGAGUUGAGACUAGCAAAACAACGUUUUGAUGAAGAAAUAAUGGAUGCUCUGAAUGCUUUCGAGAUUGAUUUCGAGUACAAUGCGUCUUCAAAACAACCUGACAUUCUUAAACCAAGUUACUCAGCAUAUGCUCUUGUGAAGCUUUUUGACAACUUAACGUCUCAUUUCAAGACUUUGAGCAUUGUGAAAUACCAACUCAUGUAUGUGUCUAACAUCCAGCUCACGUUUCUUGAUGAGUACUUACAAGCUCUUCAGAAGCAGUUUGGCCAUUUCAACGAGUCUCUUAGUCUGAAGUUGAUAUCGAACUUUCUCCCAGGAAGCGUGAAAGCAGAUACCUCGGCGACAUCUCAAUCAGUCAUCUCCAACGGGCUUAAAGGAUUGGAGAUUCUCACUGGUCUAUACUGUCUGAUCAAGUUUGUGAUUGAACAGAUGCAAGAAUGGAGUGAAGAUUUGCUAUUCAUUCAACUUUGGAAUUCGUAUAGAAGCGUGUCCACCAAAAAAGAAGCAGAAGAUUCCAUUUUCGGCUCUGCAAUUGCACAAUAUACCGCCCUUCUAGACAAAGUUGCUACCAGGUACGCCGAUUUCUUCAAGAGAGAAAUUAGAGGUGGCUUCAAAGAAUAUGUUAACUCUAGUGUAUGGACAAUCGAUGAUUUCGAAGCAAGAAAUCUGCCUUCGGUAAAAUUGGCCGCCCUUGCCUCCAUCAUUCCAACCUAUAUGGCAUACUUGGAACGUACACUUCCUGAGAUCGACUAUUUUCUAGUUGCUAGCAAGGUUUGUGACUCCUUCUCGACUGUGGUUCUCGAGUACAUCAUUACCAACAAUAAGUUUAACAAGAAUGGGCUCGUACAGCUACAACUUGACUUAGACUACUUAGUUGAAAGCUUUUCUGGACCAUUGUUGAUGGAUCCUCAAUGCAAGUACUCAAAUGCUGACAAUAGAAAGUUCAAAAAAGUGAUUCAGUCGAUUGAGAUGAUGGAGCAUUUUGAUGGAGCAACAGCACGUUUGAUGAAGAGAGAUGUUGAGAGCAAUGAUACCAUUCGCAGCCAAUUUGAGAAUCGUCUCGAUUGUCUUGAAGAGAAUGAUAUAAGAGACUUGUUGUUCCGUAUAAUCUAA